AUGCGAGUCCCACAUCUGGAGCCAGAUCGAACCAAAGCAAACAGGAAGAAGAUCUGUUCAGGGGGGAGGUUGGCUAAACGAGGGGGGGAGGUGGUCCUGAUCCUCCUGCAGGAGGGGGUCCUGAUCCUCCAGCAGGAGGUGGUCCUGAUCCUCCUGCAGGAGGGGGUCCUGAUCCUCCAGCAGGAGGUGGUCCUGAUCCUUCUGCAGGAGGUGGUCCUGAUCCUCCUGCAGGAGGUGGUCCUGAUCCUCCUGCAGGAGGGGGUCCUGAUCCUCCUGCAGGAGGUGGUCCUGAUCCUUCUGCAGGAGGUGGUCCUGAUCCUCCUGCAGGAGGUGGUCCUGAUCCUCCUGCAGGAGGUGGUCCUGAUCCUCCAGCAGGAGGUGGUCCUGAUCCUCCUGCAGGACGUCGUCCUGAUCCUCCUGCAGGAGGAGCCCCAGGAUGCUUCGAUAGUGGCCUCUUCACAAUAUCUCACAGAUUCUCUGGGGUUCAGGUCAGGAGAGUUGGCAGGCCGAGUACAGUAA